GAAAUAUAUCAUCUGCGAACUAUAUAAAGGGUCUAUUUUCUUUGAUGUAUACAAAUUUGCUCUCCAUACCCCAUUGAUUCAAUCGCCAAGAAGUAUUUCCUCGGGCCCAAACCCCAAUAUACACCACAAUGAAGCCUAACAACGUUCUCCUCGUCGGCGCAACUCUGUUCGCAGCUCUCGCUUCUGCUCUACCAACUCCAACAGUACCAAAGACGGAGAAAAUUGAUGCCAAUGCUGCUGAGCCAUACAAACCAAAUUAUUUCACCAUCAUCAAGAAGGACAGCGUUGAGGCCGACGCUGCUGAGCCAUAUAAGCCAAACUAUUUCAGUAUUAUUAAGAAGGAUAAUAUUGAUGCCGAUACCGCUGAGCCAUACCGGCCGAAUUAUUUUACGAUCAUUAAGAAGGAUGCUGAGACUGAGGAGUAGCUAAAAUUACUACGCAGAGUAGAUGAAAAGUCUUAUAUAGCUCUAAGCUAUUACGGUCUCUGAGUAUAGAACACUUCAAUAAAGACUUUUGUCGAUGA